CCCCACUGCGCAGCCGCGCGGAUUCAAAACAGUUUGUUGCUCACGUCGGCGAAGCCGCUUCCGUUUCCAACGCCACAUUCCGGCCACACCUGCCUGCGCGGAGCCCGGCUCGCCUCCCGCCCGCCCGGGACACACCCUCCCCACAGCGCCCGCCGGCGCCAUGUCCGCGGAGGAUUAUGUUUCUGUGAGAGUUGAGGAUGAUGUUGAAGCUGUGAUCAUUCAAAAUUCUGAAAUAGAAGAUGCAGAAAAUGGACUGUCCACACAAGGCUGCGUGUCAGUGGAACAAAAUGCUCAAGUAAACAGUGAUGAUCACUACAUGACUCAACUUGCAUAUGGAGGGGAAGGUUUGUCAGUACUGAGUGAGCCAGUGGUGUCACAGAUGAGCCAUUCUACAGGUGUGCAGAGAGACGGUCAGAACCCAGAAGAAAUGGAGUAUGUUUUUUUGCAUAAAAGACGACGACUUACCCCAUCUCUGGUGAGAAAUAACAUGAUAAGAUCCAGGGAAACAGAAUAUGAAGAUGGUGGAAGCGUUAUUUAUGAAUAUGAACCAGAUUAUGAAUGUGGAAGUGUUGUGUCUGAAGCGUCCUACACAGGAGAUCAGCAGAAAACCCUUAUGGAAGUCCUCAACUAUUGUCAGGCCAUGUAUGAUGCCAUUCAGAAGUUGGAUAAGAAAUUUGAUCUGCUUCAUCGAAAGGUUUCAGAAAUGCAGCACACCCGGAUGAAGCCAUUGCUCCUCAAACCUAGGCCCAUUGGAUUUACAUACAGAAGUUCCAAUCAUUUAUCCCAUGGAAAAAUUAGAGUACAGAAACCAAUGGAAAGAGAGUCAAGUCUUCAUAUCUCUCCCCCGGGACAAGCAGGGCAUAGCCCAUCAAUGAGGGUUAGGCUACAAAAGAGCCAUCUCCAGGCCAACUCUGCAAUAAAACCAGUUCAACAAACUCUUCAACUUGAAUCGCAACAACCUGUGCUUAGGCAAAGCCCACCCCUACCCACUAUAGUCUCCACUCACUCACUGCAUCCACCAUACACAGUGGCUAACAGGAUCCCUGACCUUCCUCCACAACCAAAUCUUGUAACCACAGUCAUGGAAAGCACCACCAAUGUUGCACCUUCAGCAGUGGGUUCCCCAAUGGUGUCGUCGGUGAUGCCAACUCCAUCUGAAACCAGUUUGGGGAGAAACACCAUGAUGAUGAAUUACAGGGCCUCACCGGGAAGUGCGAAUAUUAGUAAAGAACUGCCAUCUUCUUCUGUCUCUAUCAAUCCUAGUUUUGAAUAUGUUGGUGACCCAAAGAGAAAUGUAAAGGUUCUUGGAAACUAUUUGAUGAAAGCCCGACAAAAGACCAAACCGAAGUACGCAGCACGUUACCUAGUCCGUGUCUUGUUCCCCAAGGAAACAUUGCUGUGUAGCAUUAUGGGUGUCAGUGCACGGGGGCGCAGAACUUUGGAUCCUAAUAAGGUUGCUGCAGUUAGAGAAUUUCUUGCAGCUCAUUUCCCAAAUUAUGACCUGAGUGAAUAUGGAAGAGACUGGAAAACCUGCAUCACAAACGUCAAUGCCAUGAUCCGCUGCUUACGCUGUGAAACCAAAAUAAACCCAGAGACUACUGAAGGGAAGGAGAAACCUGCUGACACUCCAGACACAUCCAUUUGUGUGGAUUUAAACUAUAAUGGGGAAGAUAGUGAAGUCAAUUCUCAAUCCUCUCAGAAAAUGACCAGCUCAACAACAAACAGACUUCAGAAUACCACAUGGGAUAAAGUCCCUGAGAUGUUCCAUGCACCUUCAUCCAAUAAACUACAGUCUUUGGAACCAAUGGAACAUCUUGGGAGUCCAUGGCGCAACGUUCAGUUGCCCUUCUCAGUUAUUUAUGUAGCCAAGGGGAAGUCUCGGCCAGAGUUGUCAGCUCGCUAUCUGAUUCGCCAUCUCUUCACAGAAGAUGUAUUGGUGAAGAGCAAUGUGUAUGGUAAUCUGGAACGUGGCAUGUGUCCACUGGACUGCAACAGAAUCAAUGCUCUCAGAGACUUUCUUCAAGAGAACUACCCAUCCUUUGAUCUAAAGGAAACUGGAUAUGAUUGGAAAGCAUGUGUGGCUGCCAUAAACAGUACAAUCCGCAGUCUUAGACAUGACCAUAAGAAGGCUGCAAUUGGAGUCCGAAAGAAGGUCUUGGCCACACCACCAUCAAGUGAAAAGAGUCCUCCGCAAAGCCCUACUUCAGUAAAGCCGUAUGAAAGUGACACUAUCAACCUUACAGACUAAAAAGCUAUGUCUUACAACCAUCUGACAUCUAGCUGCAGUCAUGCUGUAGGUUGUUCAAAAUACUAUACAGAAGCCAAUCUUGUUGGGUUGUCCCCAGCACUAUAUAAUAUACUCCACAAGGCCAAAAUGGCGGAAGACCUGGGGUCCCUCCCUUCUUGAGCCACUGGCACUGAUGCCUUACUCCAUUCAUGCAGAGAUUUUGUUGUAGGAUAAGGGAAGAUGAGGGCAACUACAACAAAUACAAUUGCUGAUGCAGUAAACGAUGGUGUCCAUAUAUAGAAGAUAAGGGAAUAUAGCAAAAUCAAAGCACUAGGUUUAAUGCUGGAGGAAUCUGGGCUUGGAUUGCAUUAAUUCUCUAUACCCAUUCUGUCCUUGGCACUUCUGGGACCACCAACCAGGGUACUAAUUGUGAUGGUCGAUUUUGUGAUCUUUGUAAUAAAAAAGCAUCAUUGCAGUUACAUCUCUGUUAAGAACUGGACUGAUUAUCAAAAAGGGGGGUCAGUCUACAUUCUGAGUGGGGAUCUAGCAAGAAUGCAGUAAUAUGUCAUGUUCUAUUUCUAAAGCAAGAUGAGACUUCAAUGGUGAAUUUAACUUUGAAAUUUAAAACCAACAAUUUUCAUUGGGCAAAGAUAAUUUCCCACACAGUACUAUUCACUUUGGUGUACAUCUGUUUUUACCAAUUGUGUAGAUAACCUUCAAAAGCUGUUCCAAUUGUACGUUGCAGUGGCAACUAUUAAGGUCACUGAGUCUUCAAAGGUGAAUAAGUUGCUUGUGUCUCAUACAGGUUUGGAUUUUCUUUGUUUUGGGGCUAGUGCAUGUUCUCCCUUAGUAUUUGUUUGGUUAGUUUGGUCAGAGGAGGAGUUCAGAAUGUGAUAUAAUAUGGAUACAAUAUUUUGCACAUUUUUAUUGCUGGCUUGUGUUUAUGAGAGUUCUUUGAUGUAACAGUCACUUUGCACUUCCCUGGUAUAAUCACUGAAACUGCUGACUUUAAAUGCUCUUUUUGUUGUGAGUUUGAUUAGGUGCUUAAGCAUUAAUUUUAUUUAAAACUUGCUUAUAACUUCAUGUUAAAAUAAUUUUGGUCAUUUAAAUACAAGGUUAAGUAUGAUCAUAAUUACUAUUUUGUAUUCCCUUUCACACUGUAGGAUUUUCUAGAAAGACAUGAGACCAUCAGAUUAGAAGUGCUUACAGCACCAUCAAGCAAGGGCCUAAAUAAGUUCCAUGUUUAAAGGAUAAUCUUAAGCAUUUUCACAAUAAACAUGCAGUAUUGUGAGUUUCAUUUUUAUCUGAAAUACAGAUUUCAAAUGCUCAGCUUGACACUUCUUGGAUAGAUCUGGUCAAACAUUUUCCAUUAUUUUUUUUUUUAAACUGAAAAAUGACCUAAUUCCAAAAAUGAUUUUGUUGUUGUUGACAUUUUGCAAUUUGAAAACAUUAGCAAAAUGUUUGUCUCUUUUUUAAUCUGGGGUUUUGAUAACAUUAUAGAGAUACAAAUAGUUUGUUUAUUAAAAUAAUUACAUAUAAAUCUGGAAAUCCAUUUCUGAAAAGUGACUUGCUGAAAUAUCUUGACUACAUGCUGAAGCAACACCCGGCAUAUAUGCUGAAAAAAGAAAAGGGUAUUGGAUCAGGCCCUGGAAAAGUCAGUGAGAGUCUUUUAGCUGACAUCCAGUGGGCAUUGAAUCAGGCUUUCAGUCAGCUGUUUGGAGCAAGUGGUCAUUUUGAACAUUUUUGUAAUUAUUUGGGAUGUUUUCUCAUAAACCAUUUCUGGUAAGAAAAUCUAAGAGUUUUGCCACAGUAAAGACUUCAGAAUUGUGCUCACAAUGAGAAUGUAUUGGGCCAGUGCCGAAGGAAAGGUGUGGUUUUUUUUGUUAACGAGGCAUGAAAUUCUCUAAGCUCCUGUCUGUGGACACACAAGUUGCCAACUACAGAUGAAAAGGUAAGUACUAAAGAAAUAGUAUCCUUUUUUAUUCUAGUUAAUGAAUUCAGUGCAGUAGUAUAUUUAAUUGAAGCUUUGCGUGGACUACAAUGAAAUGGUGUGGUUUUAACACGUGGUAACUAACAGUCUGAAAAGUCUAGUGGAGCAGCCUCUUUUUCUUUUAAUGUAGUUGGUCCAAUAAAAGAUACUACCUCACCCACCUUGUCUCUCCAGUGCAAACAAGGCAGUGUAUUUGUCUAAUAUGUGCUAAGCUGGUUAAAAGUUAAAGCCUAGGCUCCAGGUGGUAUGCAUUGUCUAGACUAGAUGUCGGGUGUGUUGUGUUUUUUUUUAACACGUUAACAUAUGCUAACAUCCUACCUUUAAACCCUAGUCUAGACAAAGCCUACAAGGCAGUUGAUACCGGGAAGUUACAUCAGCAUAGCUACAUCAUUUAGGGAAAAAUCCACACCCCUGAGCAAUGGAGGUUAAGCCAAACAACCUCCCGGGAUAAACAGCACUAGGUUAAUGGAAGAAUUUUUCUGUUGACCUAGUUAUUAUCUCUUGGGGAGGUGGAUAGUGUCUUUACUGAGGCACUGCUGUAGCAUUUCAAGGUGAAGAAACCCUUAUUGUCUGCAGGAAUCCAGACUGUUACUUUAAUUUGUUUCCUCCUAAGGUUUGGGCCUGCAGGCUACUGGGGUUGGACAAAAUAAGUGCAGAGGAGAGGGCUAGCACUGAGUAGGCCUAACCCUAUGGCCUUUCAUCACACAAGUAGUCCAUUUUAAUAGUUCUUACUUUUCAGAGAGGACCUGCAUUUUAUGUGCAAUUCUCCAUAUGCAAAUGGGCAACCCCUAAGUUGCAUAGUGCUUCCUGUGAGAUGCUGACUACCCUCAACUCCUUUUGAAGUCAGUGGAAAUUGGAUUGGGAAUUACAAUUAUUUCAAGAUCUUCAUGCCACCUGCAAGGCUCUGUCUCCUAUCAUCUUGGUUAAGGGGGUAGAAGAGAAGAAAGCAGAGAAAAUGCAACGCCCUGAUGUCUGUGGCAUGAAAGUGCAGAAUAUAGAGACAAGUUAAAAUAAAAAGUCAAAGGCUGUGGCCAUUCCAGUUUCUGAGCUACCUCAGUCUUCCCUCUCCCUCAAGGGAUUUGAGCCCACACUCCUCACCUCCUCCCUGACUCUCCACUACUGGAUCCCUACUCCUAAGCCAUUCUGCUCAACAGAUCAACUUUGUAACCUGUCCCAGCUGCUGCAAUUCUCUGGCUUCCAAAAAACCUAACCUGUCUCCUAAAGAAUUCAAGGGUAAUAGGAUGACUCAAUUAUAUUUGUGUUGGGAUAUAGGAAUGUUUGUUUCCUUUGCUCUUCAUAGAACCCACUCUCUCAUGCAUACUGCAUUUCUCUUCUCUUGGCCCAUCUCUAACACCCUGUUGCUUUCAAGUGCUCCUCUGCUGAGCCUCCCAAAAACUAGCACGUACAAAUCAGCUCUAACUCAAGCCAUUCCUAUUGGGAUUUCGGUGAGACUUACUGCUCCAGGGCAUUUUAUUCCGCUUGCCUACACAGCAAUGCUUAAUAAUUUCUGAACACCCUUUGGUUUUAUAUGAUUUGACCUGCAGCUGGAAAGGGCAGCUGAGAAAUACUGUUGUUUAAACAAAUAUAGCUCAGUGAAUUGUACCUUACUAAUUUUGAUUGUCUGAAAUCUUCAGAUGUGUAUUGGAAAUGAAAGAAUCAUAACAGCAAAGGUGCUCUAGCAAACCUAGAGACCUUGGUUUUUAUAAACUCAAAGAAGAGCAUUUGUCUGAGAUCUAGAGGCCUUAGGAUAUGACAGUGAUUGUUUUCCAAAAAGUGUAUAAUUUCUUAGUUUCAAUAGGACUUUUAGCUGAAAAAAAUUCAAAGAAUGGGUUGUUCUCUACAUAAGAAAAUAAUGAGUAAAAUUUCUACAUAUGGACAUGACUGUAUAGGAAUUAAUUUUGCAUAGAAGCUUGUGUCCAUUGUGAAAGUGGCUGAAAAUAUAUUGCAGAGGGUUUUGUAGAAGGAAAUAACCACAGUGCUGAAAUAAGCAGUGUAAGAAAAUGCCCUUGAGGAGAUGAAAAGCUAUGAAAUGAAAAGAAAAAUGGAGUGGGGAAAAAAAGACUAAUACUAGCAUAGCCUUGAACGUACAGACUCCAUUUUAUAUCUGUACAUAAAGGCCAUCCCUUCCAAUAGAAAGAAAAAAUGGACUGAACCUUUUCUGCACUUAAAUGCACAAAGCUUUAACAGUUCAAAACAGAUGCCUUCCUUAUUCCAGUCUCUCUAUUGUAUCCCAUCUCCAAAGCCCACCUACUGAUAGGCUGCAGAAGUGUAUUCGUUGUCUGACUUGCUUUCCUUUCCCUUCCCAGAUCCAUGUGGCAUUUCCUGGGGAUCCUCUGUAAGACCAUGAAUUCUACUAUUCUCAUGCACUGUAAAAUAAAUACGAGAAUAUUAGGUCACGUAAAAAAAAUUGUCUUCUAAAGAAAGAACUUUAAAUAAUAUUUCUUUGCAAAGGAACCUGUGAAAUCCUUUAUAUGAGAGCAUAGGUCCUAGCUUGUAUGUACCAGUGAUGCCCAGUAAACUAUGUACACUUACAUUAGUUUAAUAUUCCCAAGUGUACUAAAUCUAAUCUACUUGAUUGUGAGGUACUACUUCUUCUUAAUAAUAAUUUGUAUGACAGUAAUGUCUAGUGGCUCAAACGGAAAACCGGGACCCCUUGUGCUAAAUGCUGUACAUGUACAUAAGAGACACAUCCAUGCCACAGUCUAAGUAGACAAGGUUGGAGGCAGGAAGAAUUAUCAUCAUCAUCCUGUUUACAGAUGGGGACUUGAGACAAACAGAUUGUGACUUGCCAUGGUCACGCAGGAAAUCUGUUAUAGAGGUGGGACCUGAACCCAAAACUCCUGAGUCCCAGUCCAGGUACCUAACCACAUGACUGACCUAGUAUCUUGGUUGUGUUGUUGAUCUUGUGACUGCCAUUGAGUAGUCACUAUAACAAAUACAAGCAAAAAACCCCUACAAUGUAAAACAAGUAUAUUUAUGCAUCCCUACUGUAUGAAACAAGUGUCUUCCUCCUUUCCUAAAUUAGCCAGAAGAGGGCGCUACAAUGAUAAGGCUGGUUUUUAGGCUAUUUAUUUUUUUGCGUGGAGUGCUACCGAGAGCUAGCUGCCUUGUCAAAGGUAUUAUCUUUAAUCCUCGCAAAGCCAGAGGGAGGUGAGGCCGCUGAGCCCCAUGCAGGAUAAGGCCCUAUAUACAUGAACCAUGUCCUGCAAACAAUAUGGAGAAUAAUAUUGCGUGUUAUGCUUCUUGAAACAAGAUUUUUCAGGUAUUUGAUGAUGAGAAAGAUGAAGUGAUGAAAACGUGAUAUCCAUUUGAAAAUGAGAUGAAGAAUUUCUAAUAACCUCCCCCCUGGGGAUUUGAAUUCACUGUCCUGGAAACAUAACCCAGAUACUUUAUCUAUUAGGCUACACAAUCUUGGUUUCAAUGCAGCAGACUAUACAGGUGUAAAAUUAACCACCGGAGGGCUCUCCUAUUGUUCCCUGACUGCAAUGCUAACAUAUGGGAAAAAAUAAUUGAAAAAGUCAAUAGUAUGGGACACUGAGUACAAGCAAAGCCUGUUCCCUCAUUCAUAGCAAGAUGUACCUGUAUGUACGAUCUCAUGUCAAUCAGACUUGCUUUUGGUUCUUGUAAAAAAUAAAAGGGGGGGAUGUGGGGAUGAGAAGAAUUUCCCUAUGUUUAGAUAUACCUAUCUUCACAAGAAGGGGAUCUCAUUGAGACAGUUUGCAAGUGUUGGGAGUGCAUAAUUGUGUGUGGAAAUGCCAAAAGAAUUGUUUUAUUGCUUGGCACGAGCAGGAGAAUAGCUUGGCUUGGUCCUGUGAAAACAGUAACAAUAGUCUGGUAGUGCGCUCUGUCUCUCUUGGUCCAGAUCACUAAUGUGAUCCCUUAAAACAUAAAUCUGGAUUUAACCAAUCCUAAAAGGUCAUUGCUUAUUGGCUACAAAAAAAUGUUUUAAAAACUGCUCCAAUACACAUCUGUCCAGUAAACUAGAGAGGCUCCAUCUGAGAUCUCCUUCUAGUCUAUCUGGUACUGUACUAAGCAUAAAUUUUAAAAUUUGCCUAGAUACACAUUUAUCCAAUAGACUGGAGUGAUUUCAGAUUGGUUAUUCAAGUGUUUUUUAAUUAAAAAAAAAUCCUAUCUAAUUAUAUGCAUUUGCCCAAGAGACAGGAACAGCUGCAAAGGAGCCAGUCUGAUUUCUCUGAUAAAUAGUCUGCAUUUUAUUUAUAUAAGUGCUCAUAAAACGUGCCAGACUGAAAGCCCUAGAGAAUCAAAUCCUCUAUUUAUGGACAGAACAGGUACAGAGCAGGCAGCCACACUUCUGGCUUCCCCACACUGCCCUUUCAAAUGCCUCAGAUCUGACAAGGGAGGCUCCACCUAGCCUAAGGCGAAAGGGGCAUCUCUCCCAGAAAUGGGGAGGAUUGCAGCUUGACAAUGGACUAUAUCUGGGAGCAAAGAGAGCAGAAAAAGAGGAAUAAGGGAGAAGAACCAGCAUAACUUGGAGGAGGGAAAGAGGGCAGACAAGAGAGGAUGGGGGUGACAAUAAAGAAUGAAUGAGAGGGAAGGAGAUGCUCCUCAAUUUGAGAGGCAAUGUGGUCUGUUACCUAGUGCACUAGACUGGGACUCAGGAGACCAGGCCUCUACUCAAAGCUCUGCCCCUGACCUCAUGUCUGUCUGAUUUUGGACAAAUUUUGGUGCCUCUGUUUCCCCUUCUACUCUUUUUCUAGUCUGUGGAAAAACAAAUCCCAUAUACUUUUCUUGUUUUCAUUGGCUUGCUUAGAAUUCCAGGUUACUAGUAGAAAAUUAUUAUAUUUUACCAUCUGUCAUUAUCUUUUUCAAAAGAACAAAAAAUAAAGGGACUGUAAAGUACAAACGACUGCCUAAUUACAGAUAUGAAAUUCAUUGCAUUAAGUGAAAAAAGAAGUAACAUUUGGGGCCAUACUGUCAGACAUCAUCUCUGCUUUACCUGCUUAUGCUGGCAAGCUUGUCCAUGCACUUACAACAUAUGUGCACAUAGCAUUUUAUCUGCAUGUGGCGAUGCAGUAGUUGGAUUAGUAGGCAUUUUAUUGGCACAUGCAAGUGUAUGUGGAUUUACAAACGGGCAUGUGCAAAACUGCAUGUAGAAAAUUAGAGGGCUUUUUAAAUUUAAUUUAGAUUUAGAGGUGGGAUUUUUAACAGUGCUCAGUGUUAACUAAACUCUGGUCCCAUUGUAGUCACCAUUACCUUCAGACAGUGGAAGUGGAAUUAGUCUAGUACUGAGUACUCUUGCCCAUAAAGAGUGACAAGUUCACCCUUAUAAAAUCAAGGUGAGAAGUCAAUGGAGGCAGGAUUUCCCUCAUGGUCCAUCUGUCACACCGUUAUGCUUGUGUUUCCUUUCUCCGUUUUGGUGCCAGUUUAGUAUGGAAUGUUUUCUUUAACUCUGAAUUGCUCAGAUUCCACUGAUACCACUGUGGGCAGGUGGUAGGUUCACUCAAAAUGUAAGAGGAACAUUGGUGUUAAAGCUGGUUUCAAAAUUUCACAUUUUUAAAUUUUUCAAUUGAGGGGGGAGGGGACAAAUUUUCCACAGAAAGGUCUCUGUUUUGCCAAUUAGUCAAUGUAAAGGAGGAGGAUCAGCAGGCAGUCCUAGGAGGAAGGCUGAACGUAACAGUUCAGUUCCAGCCUAGGAGCUGUGGCGAAACAUCAAGUCAAGAUCUAGUAACUACCAGUGCAGGGGGAAAAGGGAAUGUUGCAGCUGUGACAGAUAUGGCAAUUUCCUACAGUAUCCUGGACAAACCUCACUAGAUUAAGUUAAAUUGUAUUGAAUUAAGUUUAAGUAUUUUAGGAGUUUGUUUUGUAUUAAAAAUGCGAAGUUUUAUGUAUUAUUGUGGGGUUGUAUGUAACUUCUCUAGAGGAGAGACAUGGCCAGUGUAAGCCUUUGGAAAGGUUAUGAGCUUCAAAGGACAAUUUUAAACAAUGUGCCAGCCAGUUAAGUGGGGUUCCUAAGAAAUACCUGGGGAGAGGUGAAUACAAAUUACCACCUCCAGUUAUGCAAAGACCCAACCUUAGGAAGCAUUGCACUGAGGAGGGGACCUGUGUCUGGCCGGUUGCCUAUUUAUGUCUCUGAGAUCAAAGACCCCAACUGUAUAAAGGAGUGACUGUGGGCCAAGCCAUUUAUGAACUGGUAUCACAGAACAACCCCUGUAUAGGGUUUGAAGGACUGACCACCUCUCAGAGCCCUUGUUGGACUUGUAGGGGUGACUUCUGGUUAGCUGUGUUUAGGUCCUUUUAUUGUUUUAGUGUUUUCUCUGUAAUGCUUUCACCUUAAGAAUAAAUGUGCUUGUUUAGGAAAAGCUGUGUGGUAUCUUAUAACUCUGGGCAAUUAUGCUGUUUGUAGCCUCUGAGUAGAAAAGCAAAGCAGGUCUACUGAGUCAGUCUGUCUUGCUGGGGACUUCACAGAGUAGGCAGGGAACCGUGCAGCCUGGAAAACCCUCGGUCAGUCAGGAGAGAGACAGAGGGUCUCUGCCUAAGAGACAUGACAGGUGAAAAGCCCUUGCUGGACCAUGAGAGGGAAUUUUAUACAGGUGCCAUUGCCCUGAACGUGACAGCAGCAUUACGCCAUACAGAUCCCAAAUGGAGCUUUAAAGGAGCAGUGGAAAGGUCAAGGGCGAUACCCAGUGAAACAACUGGACAAUACCUACAGGCAGUUUACAUUAAUUGUUAAUGGUUUAUUUUAGAAACUGACUGGGUGCCAGCCUCACUGCUUCUGAGGAUGUAAAUGUUCAAGGCAAAUUAGUCAGUGUUUUUGUGCAUUUUGUUGGCUUGCAAGAAAAAUGCAGUGUGGAUUUUUUAAACUUAGAAGUUGAACUUGGUGCUCAUAAAAAUGAGGAUAGUAACAUUUGCUUCCCAAUGAAGCGUUGUACAAACCAGGCAGAAAAUCUGCAUAAUUCUCUGCGCAGCUUUGCCAAUGCACCUCGAUGCUGGCUUGCAAACGUCUUUGUUAGUUCAGCCUCAGGUCUCUGAAAUGGAGAUUUAAAAUCAUGCCAAAUUGUGUAGCACUUUCCCAUUCAACCCAUCUCCCCAGUAUGUAAAUGGUACAUCUGUUACUAAACCCGGCCAUGGCCGCAUUCUGAAGGAGUUCUGAUUUGAUGCAACUUUAGUUCAAAUAUCCAAGAGUGCUUUGGUACCUAACACCUGUCUCUCCAGUGUCACCUGCUGGCUGAAGAGUGGCUGUAGGGCUAGCACGUGGCCUGCAGCAAUCCAACACUAGACAUAGCAUGAAAGGCUGAGGGGAAUGGCAACAGUCCAGAAGCCCAGCCCCUAGGACAGAAGAACAGCUGGCAAAGAUCCCUCCAGUUGAGUCCACUUUGCCCUAGGAGCACAUUCACUGCCGAAAAAAAAAAGUAGAGCCUCUCUGGCCAUUUUGAGAGGGAAUGAUGCAGAUGGUGAAGAUUAGCUAUUCAGGACUGGAUUGAAGAGCAGCAUCAACAUCAGAGGAGCCUGAAGAGCCUCCAGCCUCAAGAGCACUGUUAAUGUAAUUGCCAAAGAGCAACUGCUAGCCUGCACUGUUCAUUCAGUCUGCUGAGGAGCUAAAUGGAUUUUUCUCAUGUCAGCAUGAGGUGUUCAGGAGUGCGGCCUCUGCCCUGCUCUCACAGAAGAGGUGGUGGCACCAAGCAGGGGUUGUAAAUGUAAUAAUGUGAGCCAGAAGCCAAUGUGCUGGAGACACGUCUUCUGCAUUGCUGUGAUACCAACCUGUUCACUGGGGCCAGAGUUUUCAGAACGGCUCAGCACCCACUAACGGGGCCAGAUUUUGCAGGCAUUCAGCUCCCAUUUAAGGACCACCUCAGUAAGGACCUGUUCCAAUGCCCACUGACAUCAAUAGGAGUCUUUCCAUAGCCUUCAACUACCUUCAGGGGCCAGUCUUUCUAAAAGGCUCAGCAGCACCUGACAUGAUGAGCCCCUAUGAUAAUCUGACUAUAAGCGUCACAAGGGAGCUCCUGGGUGCUGAACACUUGGGAAAAUCAGCCCAUAUUUAGAUGCCCGUGUGAGAGUUGAGCUCUUUUGAAAAUAUUGUCUCAGUUAUGGGUGUUGGGCAGUUGAAAAUCCGGUCCUGAGUUCUUUUGACAAUGUAGCCCUACAUGCUACCUGAUUAAAUCCGCUUUGAUGUCAUUGAACAAGAUGGAAAGUAUGCAGCGAACUUUUAUGGUCAGAGACAGAGUUUCCCUAAAGCCCCUUCAUAAAAUCCACACUUACAGGCAUAGUUGAGUCACCAAAAUAAACUAAGCACUAGCAAACUAAGGGUAUAUGUGAUAGCAAGGCCACCUCCCAUUAGACUGGAAGGAGUUAAGAUGGCCAGGCAGGCCAGCUAACUCCACAGCUGCACCUGGAGGGGGAACCAGUGAGCAGAGAAUUGAUUGAAAGCAGGUUCAGCUGGGCAGGAGCAAGUGGGGCCUAUAGAGCCAUGAAGCUGGCAACUGACAGGCUACUGCAGCCACUCCCUGGGAAGAGGGAGAAGGGUUUGGAGCUGGUACACCUAGAGAAAGGAGGGGAACCAGGAGAUGUAGGAAGGAGCAAUAAGGGCUGCGGGAAAGCAGGUCAGAGUUCCUGGACUGGAACCCAGAGUGAGCCCAUGUUCCCCUUCUGGCCACUGGGCAGUGUCAGAGAAGACUGCCUGAGAUGGUUUGCAUGGAAGGAUUUUGGGUAAUCCCUGGAAGGGGAAACCACAAAAUGACCCCAUUGGAGGGCCAAGUCACAAAGAGGAGGCUGCAGUUUCUGGGGCAAGACAGGAUGGAUGAAGACACUGCCAGAAGAGGGUGCAAUGCCUGGCAGAGCUAAUCCCCAGGACAGCCAGGAGGAGGUACCACCUGCGGGGAGUGGACCCUCUGUCACAGUAUAGAUGUACUGAGCUGGAAGGUGUAAAUUCCAGCUCAAGGAGACUUACCCACGAUGCUAGUGCUGAUCAAGCUAGCGCACUACGAACAGAGAUUAUAAUCCAGUCCCAAGUCUAUAGGUACAUACUCGGGGCGCUUGCCUCUAAUGCUGCUCGCAUUGCCGCAGCUACGUGUCUGUUUUAGAGAGCUAGCUCAAUCCAUGCUAGUGUCAGGGGUACAUCUCCUCAAACUGGAGUUUACACCUUCCUGCUCGGACAGACCUACUCUAGUAGGGGUUAAUAUCUACAAAUGCUACCCACAUCGUGCAUCCAAUGACUUAGGGAAGAUGAGCCAAAAUAAGUCAAGUACCAGGGUACUUGACUUAUUUUGAACAGUGUCCAAAACUUUUAGCAGUUCAAUAGAACACACAAAUAUACAUCUCUUCAAAAUCGGACAGUUCCUUAAAGAAAUGUUGAGAGCAGAAAAUGAAAGUGAUAUUUCAAAUUGGAAUUCUUUGUGCUGAGCAAAUAAGUAGUGCAAGUGUAGGUCAUUCUCCUCUGUCUCUAUUUGUUCCAUCCCUCAUGACUUAAAAUUGAGGCCAAAUUCUUUCCUCAACAAUACCCAAGAAGUCAGUAGGUUGUACUAUGUAACUUGGGCAAGAAUUUGGCUCCUGGUCUCUAAGCUUGUUUUCCUGUUUCCAGAAUAUGUUUUAUUAUGUCCUUUCCCCAUCUGCACCUGUCUAACUCAGCUUGUAUUUCCAGAUCUGCUUCCUACAGUUCAACCUUUUAUGAUGCUAUCGCUGCUGCUUCAUUGAUACAAUGCCGAUCACUAACACAAAACACCCCUGUUUUCAGCUCCAGAAAAAACAUUACCAGAUGGUGGCUUUUCGAAAUGAAAAGACAAGAGUCUGAUUAAUUGUAAAAGCAUCUGCAGUGACAGCAUCUUUCUGUAACCCAACCAGAUUAACAACUGGAUUGACUGAGGCACAAAGAAGUUACAGGACUGGCUCAAGGCCACAGAGUGCAUCGGUGGCCCAGCUGUUUUCAGAAACCAAAACUUUCCUGUCUCUCAACACUCUUCUUUAAUCAGAGACGACUGGUAACUGCUGAUAGGGGGAAGAGUAUAAUUUAAAGGUUCUGUUCAUAUGCAGCGGGGUUCAGGGCAGGAGUUUUGAUUUCUAGAGCUACUUUUGAUGUCAUGUUUUAUGAUACUAUGUAAUAGCAGAUGGAGAUGAUUCUAAAAGAGAGCUACACAUGAAGAAGCUCUGGAUUGCACUGGUGUGUUAUAGCAAUUUGAAGAACAAAGAUGUUUACAAACCGA